AAAAAUAUAGUAUAAUUUUUCAUCUUAAAACUCAACAAUAUAAAACCCUACUCCACCAUCUUCUAUGUCCUCACAAACAACAUUGUUGAAAACAAUGGCACCAAUCAAAGAUUUUAUAUCCAAAUUCUCAGAUUUCAAGAACAACAAGAAACUCAUUCUCUCCUCCGCCACAGUAGCCUUGCUAGUAUUUGCCACCGUAGUCGGAGUCGCCACCACAAAAUCAAACCAAAACAAAAACCAAGAAAUCACAACUCUAUCUUCAACGUCACAUGCCGUUCUAAAAUCCGUUUGCAGCUCAACUCUUUACCCGGAUCUAUGUUUCUCCGCCGUGGCAGCCACCGGAGGAAAAGAGCUGGCGUCACAGAAAGACGUCAUCGAAGCGUCGCUUAACCUAACUACCAAAGCCGUGAGACACAACUACUUCGCCGUCAAGAAGCUGAUCACAAAGAGGAAAGGCUUGACGGCGCGUGAGGUGACGGCGCUUCAUGAUUGUUUGGAGACGAUCGACGAGACGUUAGAUGAGCUCCAUGUGGCGGUGGAGGAUCUUCAUCAGUACCCUAAGCAAAAAUCUCUGAGGAAACAUGCAGAUGAUCUCAAAACACUAAUCAGCUCAGCCAUUACUAACCAAGGGACUUGCCUUGACGGUUUCUCUUACGACAACGCUGAUAAGCAAGUUCGUAAAGCGUUACUGAAGGGUCAGGUACACGUCGAACACAUGUGUAGCAACGCAUUAGCAAUGAUCAAGAACAUGACAGACACAGACAUAGCCAAGUUCGAGCUAAUAGAUAAAUCUUCCACCCCCACCAACCGCAAGCUCAAGGAGAUCACCGGCGACUUAGACGGCGAAGGAUGGCCACAUUGGUUAUCCGUAGGAGACAGAAGGCUUCUUCAAGGGUCAACGGUCAAAGCAGACGCUACGGUGGCAGCUGAUGGAAGCGGUGACUUUAGGACGAUAGUGGCGGCCGUAGCUGCGGCGCCGGAGAAGAGUAACAAGAGGUUUGUGAUACAUAUAAAGGCAGGAGUCUAUAGAGAGAAUGUGGAAGUGACGAAGAAGAAGAAGAAUAUAAUGUUUUUGGGAGAUGGUCGAGGCAAAACUAUUAUCACCGCAAGUAGAAAUGUCGUCGACGGAAGCACCACUUUCCACUCCGCUACUGUUGCUGCCGUCGGCGAGAGGUUUCUAGCGCGUGACAUCACAUUCCAAAACACGGCGGGUCCGUCGAAGCAUCAAGCGGUGGCACUCCGAGUCGGGUCGGAUUUUUCCGCUUUCUACAAUUGCGACAUGUUAGCUUACCAAGACACACUCUACGUUCACUCAAACCGUCAGUUCUUUGUGAAAUGUCACAUUAUCGGAACUGUAGAUUUCAUCUUCGGAAACGCAGCCGCUGUGUUACAAGACUGUGAUAUAAACGCACGUAGACCAAAUCCGGGCCAAAAAAACAUGGUCACGGCUCAAGGACGGUCCGAUCCGAAUCAAAACACGGGGAUAGUGAUCCAGAAUUGCCGGAUUGGUGGCUCGCCGGAUCUUUUGGCCGUAAAAGAAACGUUUCCGACGUACCUUGGUCGUCCUUGGAAAGAAUAUUCACGGACGGUGAUAAUGCAAUCGGCUAUAUCCGACGUGAUCCGACCGGCAGGUUGGCUUGAGUGGAGUGGGAGUUUUGCGUUGGACACUCUGACUUAUAGAGAGUAUUUGAAUAGAGGAGCAGGGGCAGGAACUGCGAAUAGAGUAACGUGGAAGGGCUUUAAAGUAAUUACAAGUGUCACAGAAGCUCAGCAAUAUACAGCUGGUCAGUUUAUUGGUGGUGGAGGAUGGUUAGCGUCAACUGGUUUCCCUUUCAUGUUAAGUCUUUGAAAUUAAAAUUUGAGUUAUUAUUAAUUAAAUAAAGAUUGUGUUUGUCAAAGCUUACAUAUUUGUUAUCUACAUAUAUCAAUAAACCGAGAUUCAUUAGUAUA